CGAGGGUGACAGUAAAAGAAGCAGGAGCCGCAAACACCGCUGUGAACGGCGAGCCACACCGACGCACUGACAGCCCAGCAUUGCACUCAAGACGUUACUGCACAGUCCAAUAGAGGAGACGCACAGAUAUGGCGGGGUUUCGCUGAGAAAGAAAAAAUAUCUAAGCAUUUAUUGUUCCUCGACGGUUUGCUCGGACGACCACCUCCUCUGCCCUUAUGUUCUUCUGUGGUGGGGAGAAAGGGCAGCGUUGAAAGACUUGGUUGAGAGCGAGAGAAAGAAGAAAGGACGAGAGUGAUUUUAAAACGGACAAUGGCGGACCGCGAUGCGCUGCCCCUUCCUUUGGAGGUGCGAGCCAGAUUAGCUGAGUUGGAGCUGGAGUUAUCGGAGGGUGAUAUCACUCAGAAAGGCUAUGAAAAGAAGAGGGCAAAACUACUCGGGGCCUACCUGCCACAGCCUCCAGGACUGGAGGCGUCGAUGGCGCACGAGCGCAGGCCUCCAAUGGGCCCCUCCUCCGCCUCCCGCUACCACCGUCGGCGCUCCUCAGGCACCCGAGACGAGCGCUACAGAUCAGACGUGCACACAGAGGCCGUGCAGGCCGCUCUGGCCAAACACAAGGAGCGCAAGAUGGCCGUGCCCAUGCCCUCCAAGCGCCGCUCGCUGGUAGUCCAGACAUCCAUGGAUGCCUACACCCCCCCAGACACGUCCUCGGGCUCGGAGGAGGAGGGCGGCCAGGGCGAGGGCACCCCCACCUCCAGCCAGGGCAGCGUCAGCAUGGAGCACUGGAUCAGCCGCGCCAUCCACCAGGGCUCCACCACCUCCUCCUCCUCCUCGUCCACCCAGAGUGGGGGCAGCGGGGCCGCCAGCCGGCUCGCUGACGUCCUGGCCCAGACGCACGUCGGCAAGUCAGGGCCCAUAGGGCACCUCUCGCUCAAGAGGAAAACCAUGUUCGGGGUUGCGGAGAACGGCAACUCGCUGCGUCGCUCCUGCGAGUUUGGAUCCGACCUCCUCUGGCCGCCACCCUUGGAGUCGGAUGAGAACCACUCGGCUCCUCCGGACGUCACCACCUACACCUCUGAGCUGCCGCCUCAGGUGGAGAGGCCACAGGUGUCCACCGUCCCCAGAACCACACCCAAAUACGGCAACGCUGAGCUCAUGGAGACCGGAGAUGGAGUCCCAGUGAGCAGUCGAGUGUCCGCUAAGAUCCAGCAGCUAGUGAACACCCUCAAGCAGCCCAGACGACCCCCCCUCAGAGAGUUCUUUGUGGACGACUUUGAGGAACUCCUCGAAGUCCAGCAGCCUGACCCCAACCAGCCGCGGCCAGAGGGGGCCCAGAUGUUGACCAUGCGCGGCGAGCAGUUGGGGGUGGUGACCAACUGGCCCCCAUCCCUGGAGGCUGCCCUGCAGCGUUGGGGCACCAUCUCGCCCAAAGCCCCUUGCCUCACCACUAUGGACACCAAUGGCAAGCCUCUCUACGUCCUCACUUACGGGAAGCUUUGGUCCCGGAGUAUCAAGGUGGCCUACAACAUUCUCCACAAGCUUGGCACCAAACAAGAGCCCAUGGUCCGGCCUGGUGAUAGGGUGGCCCUGGUGUUCCCCAACAAUGACCCGGCCGCCUUCAUGGUGGCCUUCUAUGGCUGCCUGCUGGCCGAGGUGGUGCCCGUGCCAAUCGAAGUGCCGCUCACGAGGAAGGAUGCGGGGAGUCAGCAGAUCGGCUUCCUGUUGGGGAGCUGUGGGGUCACGGUGGCACUGACCAGCGAUGCCUGCCAUAAAGGCCUCCCCAAGGGCCCCACCGAAAUCCCACAGUUCAAAGGAUGGCCGAAGCUGCUGUGGUUCGUCACCGAGUCCAAACACCUGUCCAAGCCCCCGCGAGACUGGUUCCCCCACAUCAAGGACGCCAACAACGACACGGCCUACAUCGAGUAUAAGACCUGUAAGGACGGGAGUGUUCUGGGUGUGACGGUGAUGAGGAUCGCCAUGCUCACACACUGCCAAGCCCUCACACAGUCCUGUGGAUACACGGAAGCGGAGACCAUAGUGAAUGUAUUAGACUUCAAGAAGGACGUAGGACUGUGGCACGGCAUUCUCACAAGCGUCAUGAAUAUGAUGCAUGUGAUCAGCAUCCCCUACUCCCUGAUGAAGGUCAACCCUCUCUCCUGGAUCCAGAAAGUGUGCCAAUACAAAGUGUGGAAGUCCAGGGAUAUGCACUGGGCCCUGGUGGCCCAUCGGGACCAGAGGGACAUCAACCUGACCUCUCUACGGAUGCUGGUGGUAGCUGAUGGUUCCAACCCAUGGUCCAUCUCGUCCUGUGAUGCAUUCCUCAACGUCUUCCAGAGCAAAGGCCUACGGCCGGAGGUCAUCUGCCCCUGUGCCAGCUCCCCGGAGGCCCUGACCGUAGCCAUCAGGAGGCCCACGGACGACAGCAGCCAGCCCCCGGGUCGAGGGGUCCUGUCCAUGAACGGGCUGAGUCACGGCGUGAUCCGCGUGGACUCCGAGGAGCGCCUGUCCGUCCUCACUGUCCAGGACGUGGGCACUGUGAUGCCAGGAGCUAUGAUGUGUGUGGUGAAGCCGGAGGGAGUUCCUCAGCUGUGUCGAACGGACGAGAUCGGGGAGAUUUGCGUGUGCUCCAUCGACGGAACCUCCUACUACGGCCUCUCUGGCAUGACGAAGAACACGUUUGAGGUGUUCCCCAUGAGUGGUGCUGGCGCCCCCGUCAGUGAGUACCCCUUCACCCGCACCGGCCUGCUGGGCUUCGUGGGGCCCGGCGGCCUGGUUUUCAUCGCUGGCAAGAUGGACGGCCUGAUGGUGGUGAGCGGACGCCGGCACAAUGCCGACGACAUCGUUGCCACGGCGCUGGCGGUGGAGCCCAUGAAGUUUGUCUACAGGGGCAGGAUAGCGGUGUUUUCGGUGACCGUGCUGCAUGAUGAGAGGAUUGUGGUGGUGGCUGAGCAGAGGCCAGAUUCCACAGAGGAGGACAGCUUUCAGUGGAUGAGCCGCGUGCUGCAGGCUAUAGACAGCAUCCAUGGCGUGGGGGUGUUCUGCCUGGCCCUGGUGCCGGCCAACACGCUUCCCAAGACGCCGCUGGGGGGCAUCCACCUGUCGGAGACCAAGCAGCUCUUCCUGGAGGGCUCGCUGCACCCCUGCAACGUGCUCAUGUGCCCCCACACCUGCGUCACCAACCUCCCCAAGCCCCGGCAAAAACAGCCAGAGAUCGGACCUGCCUCUGUGAUGGUGGGGAACCUGGUGUCGGGGAAGCGCAUCGCUCAGGCCAGUGGCCGAGACCUUGGUCAAAUCGAAGACAAUGAUCAGGCAAGGAAGUUCCUCUUCCUGUCGGAGGUGUUGCAGUGGAGAGCGCAGACCACUCCUGACCACGUCCUCUUCACUCUGCUCAGCUCCAGGGGGGCUAUCUUGAGCUCGCUGACCUGCGUGCAGCUGCACAAGCGGGCGGAGAAGAUCGCGGCCAUGCUUAUGGAGCGAGGACACCUGCAGGACGGCGAUCACGUGGCGCUGGUCUAUCCACCUGGCAUUGACCUGAUUGCAGCCUUCUACGGAUGCCUGUAUGCCGGCUGCGUGCCCAUCACGGUCAGACCACCCCACCCCCAGAACAUCGCCACCACUCUGCCCACUGUGAAGAUGAUUGUGGAGGUGAGCCGGUCGUCCUGCGUGAUGACCACACUGGUGAUUUCCAAGUUGCUGAAGUCUAAAGAGGCGUCCGCUGCUGUGGACGUCAGGACGUGGCCUCCUGUCCUAGAAACAGAUGAUCUGCCAAAGAAGAAGCCCCCUCAGCUGUACAAGCCCUCCAAUCCGGACACGCUGGCCUACCUGGACUUCAGUGUGUCCACCACAGGGAUGCUAGCAGGAGUAAAGAUGUCUCACAGUGCCACCAGUGCCUUCUGCCGCUCAAUCAAGCUCCAGUGUGAGCUCUACCCCUCGCGAGAAGUGGCCAUCUGCCUGGACCCUUACUGCGGCCUGGGCUUCGUCCUCUGGUGCCUCUGCAGUGUGUACUCAGGGCACCAGUCCAUCCUGAUCCCCCCCUCGGAGCUGGAGGUGAACCCCGCCCUGUGGCUGCUGGCCGUCAGUCAGUUCCGUGUCAGGGACACCUUCUGCUCCUACUCAGUCAUGGAGCUCUGCACCAAGGGCCUGGGCCUGCAGACCGAGUCUCUUAAGUGGCCUGGCCUGGACCUGUCUGGUGGUGGCGGAGGUGUGGUGGUGGCGGAGGAGCGGCCCAGGAUAGCGCUCACCCAGUCCUUCUCCAAGCUCUUCAAAGACCUGGGCCUCACCCACGCUGUUAGCACCUCCUUUGGCUGCAGGGUCAACCUGGCCAUUUGUCUGCAGGGCACCUCAGGACCGGACCCGACUACUGUGUUUGUGGACAUGCGAGCCCUGCGACACGACAGAGUUCGACUUGUUGAGAGGGGAUCACCUCACAGCUUACCGCUCAUGGAAUCCGGAAAGAUUCUGCCUGGUGUUCGGAUCAUUAUUGCCAAUCCUGAGACGAAAGGGCCUUUGGGUGACUCACACCUGGGGGAGAUUUGGGUACACAGUGCCCACAACGGCAGUGGCUACUUCACCGUGUACGGCGACGAGGCACUCCAGUCAGACCACUUCACCUCGCGGCUCAGCUUCGGGGACACUCAGACGGUGUGGGCGCGCACCGGCUACCUGGGCUUCCUGCGCCGGACCGAGCUGACCGACGCCAGUGGAGAGAGGCAUGAUGCCCUGUAUGUGGUCGGGGCCCUGGACGAGGCCAUGGAGCUGCGGGGUAUGAGGUAUCACCCCAUCGACAUCGAGACAUCCGUCAUACGCACUCACAAAAGCAUCACAGAAUGCGCGGUGUUUCCCUGGACCAACCUGCUGGUGGUGGUGGUGGAACUGGAGGGCUCGGAGCAGGAGGCCCUGGACCUGGUGCCACUGGUGACCAACGCCGUCCUAGAGGAGCACUAUCUGAUCGUGGGUGUGGUGGUGGUGGUGGACAUUGGCGUCAUCCCCAUCAACUCGCGCGGCGAAAAGCAGCGCAUGCACCUGCGGGAUGGUUUCCUGGCCGACCAACUGGACCCCAUCUAUGUGGCCUAUAACAUGUAGCUUGUGUAUGGAUGUGUGUGUAUGUGUGUGGUGAAUGAGUAUAGGUGUGUGUAUGUUUAUUUUUUAUUUACGCAAGACUGCAAAUGACCUCUUGGGUCUUCUUCAGGGGAGAGACAGAGAAAAAGGAAGAGAGAAACCCUAUCAAAGAGAAACUAAUGGGAACAGAGGAUCAUUGGCAAUGUUGAAUAUUUAAAGGAGACAGGUCUUGGAUGGGAACUGCAUGGCUUUGAAAAAAAAGAAAGAAAAGGCUACUCCUGUUUUCCUCUCUAUGGUGGAAGAAGAACUCUCUCCCCAACCCCCCGUUGUAAAACUUGCUUUUUUGCUUGUUUUGAAUAUUGCAUUUUAUUUUUUUGAGAGAAAAAAACAAACAAACUGUGUGUGGCUGUUUUCAUGUAAUGUAACUGCUGGCGUUAAAUUUUUUAG